UCUACGGGUGACGUCACGGACACUACGUCCAUAUUUUUUUUUGGUUCUUCCCCAUAGGUAACAUCGCAAAACUUAUGCUAAAACUUUUUCUGCUGGAAAGACCCGCAACCCACGCUGCUAACAUUCAUAGAUAAUCAGCUGAGACGGACACUUACGAGAUGUUUCGCAGUAAGGACAUUUCCCGAUCUCACGCUGUGCCAAAUGUGAGCGCUGCAGCUCAGAGUGGAAGCCAUAUUACAGCCCCUGCACUCACUAACAAUACAAUAACAGGCAAUGUCCACAUCAUACAUAAUGCACCCGGUUUCACUUGGAAUCACCCACAUUCUGAAAAAUCACAAACCUCAGCAACAAAGUCAUUGGUUUCCAAAUAUAAGACACGGAUCUGCAGUGAAUAUCAGUAUGUGACUGAGUAUAACUCUCUGCCUGGUGAACAUGUGUUGCUUUCUGAGCGCUUCACACAACCUCUGAUCCUUCGGAGACAUAGAGGUCAAAAAGAGAGAGAAGAAGAGAUCUGCUCCAGUGGAGAAAGAUUUCAGCAGGUCCUCAGAUCCAGGAGCAGUGAAGACUCUGUCCAUCUGAACUCUCUGUUUGACCCAGAUGGUCAUGGGAUCAGUCCUAGUUCUGUAAUACUGCAGGGAAAUUCUGGGAAUGGGAAAACCUUCACUGUGCAGAAGAUCAUGAUGGACUGGGCAUCUGGUGACCUCUACAAAGAGCGGUUUGAUAUUGUGUUCCACUUAAAGUGUAAAGAAAUAAACCGCAUUCCUGGCAAAAACAGUUUGGUGGAGAUCCUGAGUUACAGCUGCAGUUUAACACCAGAUCAGAUCUCACAGAUGUUACAGCAUUCUCCAGAGAAGGUGCUUUUCAUCAUUGAUGGAUUUGAUGAGCUGAAACUCACACAGGACAUUUAUCACACGUCACCAAACACUGAUCUGCUUCAGAAAGCCUCAUCUGUGGCCAUUCUUUGUGACCUGCUGAGGGGUCGAAUCAUGCGAGAGUCCUUCCUGCUGGUCACCUCCAGAUCUACAGCUACAGACACACUGAGUAAUCUGCUCAAAGGACCUCAUAGUUACUCUGAGAUAAUUGGUUUCUCUGAGAGGGGAGUGGAGGAGUACUUCCAGAAGUUUUUUCAGACUGAGGAGCUUUUCAGGAAGGCUUAUACAUUUGUGAAGACAAAUGAAACCCUCUUCACUGCCUGCUCCAUUCCUGUCGUCUGCUGGAUCAUCUGCACAACUAUCCAGGAACGUUUCACAAUUGGUGCAGAUGUGACAAGUGGCUUAGAAACAACCACCUCCAUCUACGCUGACUUUGUGUGCACUCUAUUGGAGCAUCACUGCCAGGGUUUGAGUCAGUCUGUCCUGACCCUGCUGAGGAGUCUGGGUAAGCUGGCAGAGAGAGGGAUUCUGGAACAGCAAGUUUUGUUGGAUGAGAAAACUGUUUAUGGAAUGGUUUCAGACCCUGCUUGCAGUCCAUUCUUGUGCAAGUUCCUUUUUAAGAGAAGAAUCCACCAGGAGACGAUGUUCAGUUUUAUACAUCUCAGUUUUCAGGAGUUCUUCACUGCUCUGUACUAUGUCCUUCUGGAUGAAGCACAGUCUAAGAGGAAAUUUAGACAGUUAUUUUCCAUUGAUGCAGACCAAGGUGAUUUUGCUUAUAGUCCUCCACGUUUUGCAGCUGUGGUGCAGUUUGCUUUUGGUCUGUUGAAUAAGUACGUGAGGCGCACUCUUAGGAAGAAACAUGGUCUGAUUGUUCAUCCAAACACACAGGCCUAUCUGAAAAACUGGAUUUUGAAAGAUAUUCAACAUGUUUUUCCACGUUCGAAUAGAGUGACCUUUUGUCUACAUUGUCUCUAUGAACUUCAUGAAGAUGACUUUGUGAGAGAAGCUAUGAAAGCCUGGAAGACGAUUGAUGCAUAUGGUGCAGUGCUAAGAAGAACAGACUGCUGGGCCCUGCUGUACUGCUCUCAGUGCUGUCAGUGCAUCAAAGAACUGCUUCUCGUCGAUUGCAAAUUAACAUCUGAAAAGUUGUUUAUGAUUCUACCUGCACUCCUCAAGUUUAAGAAAUUAUGGUUAACUCCAGAAGAUCCAUCUGACUCUGAUCUUGCUGAACUGAUGUGUGCUCUCACAAGAGGACAGACCCUGAGCACACAGCUUGUUGAUGUCAACCCCAGAAGAACAAAUUUUGAGAAUUCUUCUGUCGAUUCACUGAAUCUGUCAAUCAGUGAAGAGCUAUCCAGUAUCUGCAUUGGAACUCCAUUUUGUCAAGUCCCAGCCGCAUCUUUGCGAUCACUCCGUCUCACCUUUCCACACACAAAGCUAAUCAACAUCGAUUGGACCAAACUUUUUCAGCUAAUUCACCAAAAGGAUUCAGAUGCAUUAUUGCAUUUUCUCUAUUCUUUCUCUAAACUGAAAAAGAUGAAGAUGAAAGUGGACAGUCUAAGUAAGAUGUGGUCUGUUUGGGCCCUCCAAAUCAUCCAGAACUGCUCCAGUCUGACAGAACUCGAGGUGGAUGCUGACUUUUUGCUGGAGGAUGGAAUCAAGAUCUUGCAGAGGUCACACACAAGACCAGCCUGCAUUAUGAUUUUUCAUGGGUUCAUAUGCAAUAAACAGUCUCGAAAAUGCACAAAUUAUAAAGACCGUCAACUCAGCUGCAACCAGGAGUUGAAGAUUCUUCUGAAUUCCCAGGGCUUUUCUAUGGAGACUUUGCGAAAGCCCUUGUUUUGGAACUAAUGGUACAGCUUGAUAACUAGGAGAAAACUACACAAGCAGCAUCUUUAGAGCAAUGGACGGGAAUAAAGACAUCAACCAAGUAUAUCUAAAAUCAUUUAGGUGCAUUGCAAUAUUAAUAGUCAUGUGUCAGUUUAUUUGUAUAUUGCGUUUCACAUAUUGUUUCAAAGCAGAUUUACAGAGAUUUACAAUUUAACAGCUUAGAGUUGAAUGACAGUAAAGUUUAUGUGUGAAGACAAUAUAAACUCUCAAGCAUUUGGGAUUUGCUUUAUGGAAUAUAUAUUGUAUAUAAUUGUAUAUAGUAGUUGGCAUUUUAAUGUAUGCAUUGACAUGGAGAAUUAUGAAUCUGUAAGGUUUUGUACAAUUUUUUAAUAAUUUGGUGUACUGACAAGCCUAUUUACUAUUUGAUGAUGUUCAUCACUGCCACUCUUAAAUGACACAUAUAAACAACAGGGUUAAGAUUUCGGUCAUAUCGCCCACCCCUAGUUAACGAAAGGCAUGAUACAAAAUAUCUUCAGUCCCCUAGUGUGCAAGCCAAAGGUGACUGUGGGAAGGAAUGAAAACUUAAUUUUAGGGACUUGACUGUUGGUGUCUUUUAGAAGAGUCAUAUUAGAACGUAUGUAUAUGAUUUCUCAGUACGAAGACUAAAAACGAAACAUGAAAACAAA